AUGUCGAAAGGAACAUCGAGACAAAAUCGAAAGGAGAAGUUUAAAUUUCGAGUCGAGUUUCCAGAUUAUACUGGCGAACAAGUUGAACAAGCAGCGGACAACACUUACAUGCUACCUGAUGUCGGUGAAGAGGCAGUUAUCAAUUACAAUGGCGAGGAUGUAACUAUCAAUGUAAAUAAGUUAAUUGAUAUACGAAAAUUGGGAUUUGGAAAUUACGGAAGUGUAAUGCUUGCCGAAGUCGAAAAUCAUCGAGAUAUAAAAAUGGCUGUGAAACGUCUAGGUUUAAUACCGAGCACAAACAAUGCAGCGGACUAUACAGCUACGACCGAUUUGAAAACAAUUCGUACAGUUGGUUCAUGUAAUUUUCCUCAUGUGAUUCGAUUCUAUGCAGGACUUAUUGACAAAAAAGAAAAUCAAGUUGUCAUCUGCAUGGAAGCAUGUGAUACAUCUAUGGAAAAGUUCUAUACAACUAUGCAUAAGAUGAAAGAAACGCAGCAUCUCGAUAUUCUACUAAAACGAAUGGUCAAUCAUAUCGUGGAUGCAUUGCAAUUUCUUAAAUCAAAAGGUAUACUUCAUCGGGAUGUGAAACCAUCGAAUAUUCUUGUUAAGCAAAAUCCGGUUAUUUUUAAAAUUUGUGAUUUCGGAAUAUCUGGUCAAUUAACGAACUCUGUCGCACAUACUAUGAUGAAAGGCACACAAGUUUACCUAGCACCUGAACGAAUUGAUGCGGCUCAAGCACCGGAAGGUUAUGGUAUUAGAUCAGACAUGUGGGCAUUAGGUCUCUCUACGUUGGAAAUAGCAACUGGUCAACAUCCAUUUGCGAAAAUGAAUGCAUUAGGAAUAAUGAGUGCAAUCAUGACAUGGUCACCAGAACCGCCAACAAAUCUUUCAAUAGAACUACAACAAUUGAUCGUUUGGCUAUUGAGAAUAAAACAAGCGGAUAGACCCGCGACUUACGAUGAUAUUCAGGCAUGUCCAGCAAUGAAAUCUUUACCCGCGGAUAUAACUAGCGAAGAAGCUGAGAUGGUUCGAAAUGUUAUUGCAAAGAUUCCCGAUAUACCUGAUGAUUAUUAA